CUUGAAUGUUCCCUCUUUUUCAACUUCAACUUUGACCAAAACAGAAGAAAGAAAGUGACAACAAUGUCCGGAGGUGUCGGAAAAUGCAGCAAGAUCCGCCACAUUGUGAGGCUCAGGCAAAUGCUCCGUCGAUGGAGAAACAAAGCACAGUUAUCUUCAGCCAGCCGUUGCGUACCGUCGGAUGUUCCAUCCGGACACGUGGCGGUAUGCGUGGGUAGCGGUUGCAAGAGAUUCGUGGUGCGCGCGUCGUACCUGAACCAUCCGAUCUUAAGUAAUCUCCUUGUCCAAGCUGAGGAGGAGUUCGGUUUCGUUAACCAGGGACCGCUGGUUAUCCCUUGCGAAGAAUCGGUUUUCGAGGAAGCUAUCCGGUUUAUUUCCCGGUCGAACCGGUGUAGUACUUGUCCCGAUGAUUUUCAGAAAUGCCACGUAGGGAUUAAAAGCAAGGUUGAUCUUUUGAUCGAAUCUCGACCGUUGCUUCAUGGCGUCGUGGAGAAAGCCGUCUGGUGAUUGUUUUAAGAUCGACGGUGAAGAGUGUCGGUUUCUG